GGUUUCUAUAAAUACUCGGACUCAUUCUUCUUCAUUCCUUGCUUAUUUCAAUUUUUUGUUAGCAUAGAGAUAGAGAGAGAGAGAGAAAGAGGAAGAGAGAGAGAGUUAAGUUUUUAUUUAUUUUUCUUCAUUUGUUUGGUGUUUCUCUUUCCUCAUUUUUGUAGGUAUAUUGUGGAGGAAGACUUUGAAGUUUGACUUUGUUGAAUUAACAUACAUUCAGGGAAGGCCUUAAAGUUGGAAUUUAUUCAAUUGGAAUCUUAGAAGAAGAAAUGGAGGUAUAUGGAAAUUCUAUGGUUGCAGCUCCUUCAAAUGUUAUUUAUCUGUCGAGUAUUUUGGGCCAAGGUGGUCCAAGUCCUGUUCACAAAUGCGACUGGAAAUGCGCAAAUGAACGUGUUAUUGGAAACAUGUUUCGCUGCAAGCUGACAGGGCUGACUCACAUCUGUGAUAAAAACUGUAACCAGAGAAUUCUGUAUGAUAACCAUAGCUCUCUAUGCCUAGCAAGUCGUCAAAUUUUUCCCCUAACUCCAACAGAGGAGCAAGCCGUGAGAGGCGUUCGCAGGAAGCUCGACGUGGAGAAUUCACCCGUCGAUAACUAUGGUUGUAAGCGUAGGCGGGAUGCACAGUUCCAUCCUUCUCCUUUCGAGAGAUCUUUCUCUGCUGUCAGUCCUAUCUGCAGCCAAGUUGGAGAUGGCAUGGACACGAACUAGAUAUCGAUUCAUAAUAACUGAAGGAGAUCUUUUAUUAUUUCCAUUAUCCCUUUGAAGUUUUUUCUUUUUUUUUUUUUUUUUUUUGCUUUUUCUAUCUGAUGAGUAUCCAUAACAGAACUUGAACAAUUAUGAGUCGCUGAUUGGUGGACACGAUGUGUCCCCAUUUGAUGUAGGACUUCCUUAUAUUUCUAGUAAUAAUGUAAUGCAGUAUUUAAAGUAGCUUGACUAUGUUGAAUGAAGAUUUGAGCUGGCUGUGGAUACACAGUUAUGAGACUUGAAUUGACAUCAAAUUCUUGCUAGCUUACUGAGAAGCUGAUUGUUAUAGCUUACCACAGGAUUGAUUCUGGCCUUCUUUUAUGAUGCUCAAAUUUAAUUUGGACCUGGUUUAUGUAAAUAUUAGCAAUGUGCUCGAUCGUAACUCUGUUCUAUUUUAGCUGACUCUCAGUUUCCUAUGUGUCUGUAAUCGCCAUGCAGCCAUAUUCUAGGAUUAGUUGGUGUACUCUUCUUGUAUUCGUCCACUUUUGUUUUCUAUUAUUCUGUUAGAACAGAAAAUGCUGAAAACAAGUAUUAAUCUUUCCCCUUCUGAUAAAUCUACUUAGGGUUAUACUGAUAACCUUGACUUCUGUGAACUCAGGUUCUCUCCAGUUCUUCAUAUGCAGGUUUUUGGUGUUAUUAUGAAGACUGGUUUACUAACUCUUCCUCUGUUACAGGGUCAAGGAAGAUGAUACUAGUUCUCAUUCGCAUUUGUCUUAAUUAAGUUUCUGUUAUCUUUUUGGUGUUGUUUGAAUUUUAUUGACAAUUGGUUGUGUGAGUUGAAUGUAAAUUGUGCAGGUUUUGAAGCAUGUGCUAAGAAGGAGCCUUCAAAAAUUUGUGUUGCUUUACUGAAUGAUUUCUUAUGAUAUAGUUUUUCCCUAUGUUAUCAUAACAUGAAAUAUUGAUAAAUGUUUCAUAUUCUUGAUGUAGGCACAGGCAUUGAAACUUUGACUCAAGUCUCUUUCUUAGUUGAAGUUUAGAGAAUGGGGAAGGAAAGGGUUAAAAGAAUGUCUUGACACUACAAGAUGCCCAAAUAAAUGAGGCGAGAACAGUUAUGACACUGUUGAAAGAUGAUAAAGACACCAUUUGGAAAACUGUGUCUUUGAGGUGACAUUGAACAAAUAAAGGGGUGCCGUCACCAAGAACAUAUAUCAUUGUUGUCACUACUACUCUGUGAUAUCUGCAUAUUGUGUUGAAGGAUUGAAAGUAAUAGGCUGUUUUUGAAAGUAAAUUCAUCUCUGAAUUGCCUUGUUCAUGGUAUCUGCUAAAUUUCAUACUUUGUUACAUUCUUGGCAUAUUUGUGAAGCUAGAAGAUUGUAAUAUCAAUUUUUCCUUCAACUUUGAUGUAUUGAAAGUAAUAAGUAUUCAAUCAAUGAAAUCCAGAGUUGUUAAUUUUCA